UAAAUGGGAGUUAUAACUUGCUGAGAUCCAUGAUAUGCGUAGGGAAUGCCCAAACCAGCAUGAAACAGAAGAAUGAGCAACCAGGGAUUCAUUCACAACACGCCAACCUGUUGUUGGAGGAUCCCACAUCAUCAGAAUCAUCAUGGACCAAUGAAAAACACAGCUUGCAUCUCAAUUCCAUGGAGGACGCCUUUGUCUCACGUCUUUAUACAUAUCCCUGUAAAAGAUGGCGAGCAGAUAGAGGAGAAAUAGCCUCUGUAUUUAGACUCGAUUUAGAUGAGGAAGUUGAGUCUGGAUUUUCCAAUGGUCAAGAACUGUUUGGGUUUGCUGAGGAGAGCCAAUUAAGUGAAAGUGAACCAGAGAAGCCUAGCCUAUAUCAUGAUGUUCAAAACAAUUCAAAAGAGUGUGGAUUGAAGGAGAAAUGCAGCAGUAAUGAUACAAUUCAGGAAAACGAUAGAAAUGGGAGAAGGAAGAAGAGGAAGUUACAACAUCCAAACAGGGAAAUAACAGAUGUGUUCGAAGAAGUGCAGUCUAAAUAUAAUGAUGAACAUGCAAGAAAUUUCUAUGCAGGGCGAGAUCGGUUGACAGAAGAUACAACUGUUUCAGAAACUUCAGUGAAAACCUUGAGUGACAACCAGGAGGAUCAGAGCAUUCCAUUAAACAAUGAGACAUCUCCCAAGGAAGAUGGCAAGCCCUGAUAAGACUCGAACUUUUAUGUCUUGAUAAUGUAAUUGACUAGUUGGAGAUAUUUUAACCACUUAA